AAAUGUUUGUUUGUGUGUUUGAGGUCAUUGAAAUUUGCAUAAAGAUUGAAGCUUUUUGAGUGUAUGAUAGUUUUCUUGAUACUUUGAGGCCUAUGUGGACACCCUUUAAGCUGUUUAAAAGGGUGAACUUUUCUUUUACUUCAUUUUCUUCUUGUUUGUGUAAGCUCUAGUGGUCUGGUAUUCUGUUCUUUUUCUGUGGUUUCAAGCUUUUUUUGGGGUUUUUUUAAAUCUGGGGUUCUGUUAUUUGGAUAUAUUAUACAUUUAUUUAUUGGUGUUUGUGAGAAAGUUUUGAUUUUCAAGGAGUUUUUUUGUUUAUGGGCAAUUGAAAAAGGUUCUUCUUGAAAAACUCCAAUUUGCCUUGUUGGAAAGGAUAAUUCUUUUUUGUUUUUUUUGGCUUUAUUCUUGAUACUUUAUUUUGGGUUUGGGCUUGAGGAGUUUGCAAAAAAAAAAAUGAAGACAGGAAGGAGGAGGAAAUUGCAUUUUAGCAAGAUUUACACAUUUAAAUGUGGGAGAGAUUCAUUUUUAGGUGAUGUUGAUCAUUCCCAAAUUGGAGGUCCAGGAUAUUCAAGAGUUGUUUAUUGUAAUGAACCAAGUAGUUUUGAGUCUGUAAUUAGAGAUUAUGUUGGAAAUUAUGUAAGUACUACAAAGUAUAGUUCUGCAACUUUCUUGCCAAAGUCCUUAUUUGAACAGUUUAGAAGAGUGGCUAAUUUUUACUUUCUUGUAAUUGCUAUAUUAUCCUUCACACCACUUACUCCUUAUUCUCCUGCCACUGCUGUUAUUCCUCUUGUUAUUGUUAUUGGAGUCACCAUGUUGAAAGAAGGUAUUGAGGAUUGGCAGAGAAAACAACAGGAUAUUGAGAUGAAUAAUAGGAAGGUUAAAGUACAUCAAGAAAAUGGAGUUUUUAACCAAACAGAAUGGAAAAACUUGAGAGUUGGUGACAUUGUUAAGGUGGAGAAGGAUGAGUUCUUCCCGGCAGACUUACUGUUGCUUUCGUCUAGUUAUGAAGAUGCAGUGUGCUAUGUUGAAACCAUGAAUCUUGAUGGGGAGACUAAUUUGAAGCUUAAGCAGGCAUUGGAGGUGACUUCAUCGUUGCACGAAGAUUCACACUUCAAAGACUUUAAGGCUUUUGUUAAAUGUGAAGAUCCUAAUGCUAAUUUAUAUGCUUUUGUUGGAACUAUGGAGUAUGGAGAAAAGCAGAAUCAUCUUUCUCCCCAGCAAUUACUUCUCAGGGACUCUAAAUUGCGGAACACAGAUUACAUAUAUGGGGCUGUUAUCUUUACUGGUCACGAUACAAAGGUCAUGCAGAAUGCUACUGAUCCACCUUCGAAAAGAAGCAAUGUUGAGAGGAGAAUGGAUAAGAUCAUUUACUUCUUAUUUGUUCUUUUGGUCACUAUGUCCUUUGUUGGAUCAGUCUGCUUUGGAUUUCUGACUAAAGAGGACUUAUACGAUGGACACAAGAGGUGGUAUCUACGGCCUGAUGAAUCGAACAUAUAUUAUGAUCCCAAUAGAGCUUUUGCUGCUUCCGUAUACCAUUUUCUGACAGCCGUGAUGUUGUAUAGCUACUUGAUUCCGAUAUCCUUAUAUGUGUCAAUAGAAAUUGUUAAAGUUCUUCAGAGUAUGUUCAUUAAUCAGGACAUUCAUAUGUAUCACGAAGAAACGGACAGACCAGCGCAUGCCCGCACCUCAAAUUUAAAUGAGGAACUUGGUCAGGUUGACACAAUACUUUCAGACAAAACCGGUACCUUAACUUGUAACUCAAUGGAGUUUGUCAAGUGUUCAGUAGCUGGAACGGCUUAUGGACGUGGUAUUACUGAUGUCGAGAAGGCUAUGGCUAAAAGAAAUGGUUCUCCAUUGAUUGAGGAUUCUGCUGUUAGUCCAAAGAAGUCCUCAAUAAAAGGCUUCAACUUUCAAGACGAGCGAAUCAUGAAUGGGAGUUGGGUGCAUGAGCCUCAUUUAGAUGUUAUACAGAAGUUUUUCCGUUUACUCGCAGUCUGUCAUACAGUCAUACCAGAAGUAGAUGAAGAAACAAGUAAGAUAUCAUAUGAAGCUGAAUCUCCAGACGAGGCAGCCUUUGUAGUUGCAGCUAAAGAAAUUGGCUUUGAAUUAGUUAAAAGGACACAAACAAGUGUGUCAGUGCAUGAGUUGGAUCCGGUAUCUGGCAAGAAAGUCGAGAGGUUAUAUACAGUUUUGAAUGUGUUGGAGUUUAAUAGUGCAAGAAAGAGGAUGUCUGUAAUAGUAAAAGAUGAGGAGGGAAAGAUAUUGCUACUCUGCAAAGGUGCUGAUAGUGUGAUGUUUGAAAGGCUCGCGAAGAGUGGAAGAGAAUUUGAAGAGAUAACAAGGGAACAUGUAAAUGAGUAUGCUGAUGCAGGCUUGAGGACCUUGAUACUGGCUUAUCGAGAAAUCACCAAGGACGAAUACCAAGUGUUCAAUGAGCAGUUUUUACAGGCCAAGAAUUCAGUCAGUGCAGACCGUGAUGCGUUGAUUGAUGAAGCAACUAAAAAGAUUGAAAAGGAGUUGAUUCUACUCGGCGCCACUGCUGUUGAAGACAAACUCCAACAAGGAGUUCCUGAAUGCAUUGACAAACUUGCACAAGCUGGUAUCAAGAUAUGGGUUUUGACCGGGGAUAAGAUGGAAACAGCCAUUAAUAUCGGCUAUGCCUGUAGUUUGCUUAGACAAGGAAUGAAGCAAAUUAUCAUAAACUUGGAAACACCUGAUAUUAUUGCAACCGAGAAAGGAGGAGACAAAGAUGCUAUUGCUAAGACGUCAAAGGAAAGUGUUGUACGACAAAUUAUAGAAGGGAAAGCUUUACUAACGGAUUCAAAGGCAAAGGCAUUUGCUUUGAUCAUUGAUGGGAAAUCACUUACAUAUGCUCUAGCAGAUGACACAAAAAGAUUGCUUUUAGACCUUGCGAUUGGAUGUGCCUCUGUUAUAUGUUGCCGUUCAUCACCUAAACAAAAGGCAUUGGUAACAAGACUUGUCAAAUUUGGGACUGGAAAGACAACUUUAGCCAUUGGAGAUGGAGCUAAUGAUGUAGGAAUGCUUCAAGAAGCUGAUAUUGGAAUUGGAAUCAGUGGUGUUGAAGGAAUGCAGGCUGUUAUGUCAAGUGAUGUUGCAAUUGCUCAGUUCCGAUUCUUGGAACGUUUGCUUUUAGUACAUGGUCAUUGGUGUUACAGAAGGAUCUCUUCAAUGAUAUGCUACUUUUUCUACAAAAACGUUGCAUUCGGCUUUACUCUCUUCUUAUACGAGACAUAUGCAUCGUUUUCUGCACAACUUGCAUAUAACGAUUGGUUUCUGUCGCUUUACAAUGUGUUCUUCACAUCAUUACCAGUGAUUGCUCUGGGAGUCUUUGAUCAAGAUGUAUCCGCUCGAUAUUGUCUUAAGUUUCCUAUACUGUAUCAAGAAGGUAUACAAAACGUCCUUUUCAGCUGGCGUCGUAUAAUUGGCUGGAUGUUGAAUGGUGUCUGCAGUGCAGCUAUUAUCUUCUUCAUCUGCAUAACAACGCUAGAUCCUCAGGCCUUCGAUAAAAAUGGUAAAACUGGUGACUACAGUAUCGUGGGAGCAACAAUGUACACAUGUGUUGUUUGGGUUGUAAACUGUCAGAUGGCUCUAGCUGUUAGUUAUUUCACCUUGAUCCAACACAUCUUCAUCUGGGGUGGAAUAGCUCUCUGGUACAUCUUCCUUGUAAUAUACGGAGCCAUUCCUACGACACUUUCCACCAACGCAUACCAAGUCUUCGUGGAAGCUCUUGUUCCCUCCGCGUUAUACUGGUUAGUCACACUGUUAGUAGUUGUUUCAGCUCUAGCCCCUUACUUUACAUACGAAGCAAUUCAGUUCCGCUUCUUCCCAAUGUACCAUGGGAUGAUUCAAUGGAUAAGGUAUGAGGGAAACUCGAAUGACCCUGAGUUCUGCAACGACGUGAGGCAGAGGUCAAUAAGACUCACAACUGUAGGUUUCACUGCUCGUUUGAUAGCAAGAUCUAAUUCUAGUCUAAAACGACAUGAAUGGUAUUCACGGAUGAUAUUCGAUUAGAUCUCUCUCAGCAGGGACCAGACUUCAGAACUACAGAAAACUACAGGUUUUCGAACUGGAAUCCCUCAGCUAAGAGAUGCAACAGAAGCAACAUUCCGCCAUUACAUGUCUUAAACAGACGAAAAAACUUGCCCCCGGAGGUUUGUAAAUUUUCCCAGAGAAGGCAACAUGUGUAUAGUAAUUCUUUUAUAUCUUGUAGAAUUAUGACAUCUUCUUUGUUAAAUACAAGAAGCACAGUAGAUAGAAUAGGUAAAGAGAUACCAAUCAUCUUAUGUAAAUUUUCUAGCAAACACUACAGAAUGAUCAUUUUGUAUUUGAAAUGUACAGAAAUUUCUCUAAAUUGCAAUCAACAACAAGUGCAAUCCCA